GUUCUUUUCUUUUUACUAAUAAACUCACUCAACACCAAAUCAUAAUUCGCCUUCUUCAGCUUGGUGGAGGAAACAAUUACAGAAGACUGUUGCAAUUUUUCCCUAGCUGCUUACUAUAUUUUAUUGUCUUUCAAAAUUGAUCUCCCAAAUCAACAUAAUCAUUUUAUGCCAUAAUGAUACAUCUGAAAAUAGUUCCAUUGUACACAGUGCCCAGAAAACAUCUAUUAUCAACAAAAUCACUGAAGAACGAAGAAAAAUAAUAUAAAUAUAUAUAUAUUUUAAAUUUUGCCCAUCCACCCUUAAACCUCAAACCCCAAGAAACCCAACUUUUCCUUUUUUCAUAUACAUUUACUGCUAAGCUGCCUUUCAAUUGACAAAAAGAAACAACAAAAAAACCCUCCUGUGGUGCUUCUUAUAUCUCAACACAGCUCCUACCACCACCACUCACCAUCUCCAUUUCCACCAUCAUUACCAUCCUGUCCAUCUUAAGAACAAAGUGGAUAUAUUUAUUGUUAUUUUGGUUUGUUUUUACCAUCACCACCAAGCUCAAUACCACCAGCACUUGCCACCACCACCAACUACCACCAACAGCCACACCUUCAUCUUCAGUACCACAAUCCCUAGUGGUAGUGCAUCAGCUGGUAUUAUUUUGAUAAGUUCAAUUUAAUUGUUAUUUAGGUUUCUAAUUUCCACCCAUCCAUCCAUCUCUACACCAUCUCCACUUUCACAACCAUCACAACCAUUCCCAAAAUGGACAUCCCAGAAAACUGGUUAUGGAUGGUAGUUGUAGGAUUUGUCAUUGCCUUUGUUCUGGCAUUUGGCAUCGGUGCUAAUGAUGUUGCAAACUCCUUUGGUACUUCAGUUGGAGCCAAAGUUCUGACUCUAAAACAGGCCUGCAUUCUAGCUACAAUUUUUGAAACUCUUGGUGCCAUUUUGCUUGGUGCACGAGUUUCAGAUACAAUACGAAAAGGCAUGAUAGAUGUGACACCUUACAAUGGGACUGAGGAGGUCCUGAUGAUGGGUAAUGUUGCCAGUGUCACGGGUUCCUGCUUCUGGCUUCUCCUUGCAACGUUCCUCCGUCUUCCAGUUUCUGCCACACACAGUAUAGUAGGGUCUACCCUUGGUUUUGCCCUAGUUGCUCAUGGUUCAAAAGGAGUGAAAUGGUCAAAAUUAGGAAUUAUCAUUAGUUCCUGGUUUAUAUCUCCCAUCCUCUCAGGCCUUGUGUCAACUGGCAUAUUUAUUCUUAUCAGAUACUAUGUCCUCAAUGCUGCAAAUUCUUUGGAACCUGGUUUAAAGUUUCUUCCAAUAUUUUAUGCCUCAACAAUUGCUGUCAAUCUUUUUUCUAUCUUCUUUGAAGGAUCUGAAUUGCUUGGAUUUGACAAAAUCCCUCUCUAUGGUGUCUUCAUCAUUACAUUUGGUGUUGGAAUUUUGGUUGCCCUGGGAGUCUAUUUCCUGUUGGUACCAUAUAUGAGAAAGAAAAUUAUUGCAAAAUGUCAGAAAAUGUGCAGUUUUCGGACACCAGAGAACUCUACUGAAAACCUCUAUGAAAAACUUCCUGCCAAUGUGCCUGAAAUAGAGAUCCAUGCAGGCGAAAACAAGCAAGACUAUGUAACAUAUAUACCUGAUAAUCCAGAUCUCACAGAAAAUGGAAAUGGUGUCACAAUUAAAUCAGAUGUUGAAAAUGGUGACUUGGCUGAGAAUGGAAAUUAUGCUGCUUUAGAUCCAGCUGUAUCCAGUACACAGGUGCUGAACUUAAGUAGUUCUGCAUCUCUGUUAAUAAAAAUAAAUGGAAAUGAGGAGACUAAUGAAACUACAGAUUCCCGUUCAUCUAAAAGAUCCAGAACAUUGUCAACUAGUGAAGUGGAGAAAAUAAAAGCUCGUCAGCUUGUACAAGAUUCUCCUGAAACUGUUCAACUCUUUUCUUUCCUACAAAUUCUUACUGCUGUUUUUGGUUCUUUUGCUCAUGGUGGCAAUGAUGUAAGCAAUGCUAUUGGCCCAAUAGUUGCAUUAUGGGUAAUAGCACGAGAUAAGAGUGUAUUGCAAGCAGCACCGACCCCUCUUUGGAUUCUGUUUUAUGGUGGCUGUGGAAUUUCCCUUGGACUUUGGAUUUGGGGUCGCCGAGUGAUUAAAACAAUGGGUGAAGAUUUAACAAAAAUAACACCUUCCAGUGGAUUCUGCAUUGAAAUUGGAUCUGCCCUAACAGUGCUUGUUGCCUCCAACAUUGGUAUACCAAUCAGUACAACACACUGCAAAGUUGGUUCUGUAGUGUUUGUGGGAAGGGUUCGUUCCAAAGAGAAUGUGGACUGGUCACUAUUUCGCAACAUUGUUUUAGCUUGGAUAGGUACAUUGCCUGCCUCAGGAUUACUUAGUGCCUUACUAAUGUACAUUUUCAUUACUCAUAUUUCGUUUUGAAAAUGGAAAGAAGAAAAGUAAACAAUAGUUAAAUAAAACAGAGAGUAAGGAUGGAUUAUAAUGAAAGAAGAAAAGUAAAAAAGCAAAAAUUAUUUUUAAAAAAAAACUAUAAAUAUGAAAAAAUUGUCAAAUCAGACAAAGA